AUGCGGCGGUCGCGACAGCGCAGCGGCGGUACGCCGACGUCACAGGAUAAAGAGAAGGCCGCCAUUGUCGUUACCCCGCCCCUAACGACACCAACGGGACUGGGAUUGGGGCUGGGAUUGGGAUUGGGAUCACCGAAUGCCGCUGCCACCGCGGGCAGCUCGUCGCCCGGCUCCAAUUCGACGUCGCAGCAGCAUCAUCCGUCGCAGUCGCAGUCGCAGCUGCCGCAACAAUUCUGCCUGCGCUGGAAUAAUUAUCAGAGCAAUCUGACAACGAUCUUCGAUCAGCUGCUGCAGAACGAAUCCUUUGUGGACGUGACGCUCGCCUGCGACGGCCGUUCAAUGAAGGCCCACAAAAUGGUGCUCUCCGCCUGCUCCCCCUACUUCCAAACGCUGCUGGCAGAGACGCCCUGCCAGCAUCCCAUUGUCAUCAUGCGGGACGUCAACUGGUGCGAUCUGAAGGCGAUCGUCGAGUUCAUGUAUCGCGGCGAGAUCAAUGUCAGUCAGGAGCAGAUCGGUCCGCUGCUGCGCAUUGCCGAGAUGCUCAAGGUGCGCGGCUUGGCGGAUGUCACACACAUGGAGGAGGUCAAUUCCGUGGCGGCCGCAGCGGCUGCGGCGGCGGCGGCAGAGGCAGCAGCAGAGGCAGAGGUGGCAGCCGCUUCUCCCGCACAGGUUUCAUCCCCGAAGACAGCGUCCGAUCGCGAGGCUGAGGAGCUGUUGGCUUUCAUGCAGCCGGAGAAGAAGCUGCGCAGCAGCAGCGACUGGGACUGCGGCGAAUUGCGUCUGUCGCCGCUGGAGCGUCAGCAGAGCAGAAAUGUGCGCAAGCGUCGCUGGCCCUCUGCCGAUACGAUCUUCAAUCCGCCCGCGAGUCCAUUGAGCAGCCUCAUUGCCGCCGAGCGGCUGGAGCAGGAGCAAAAGGAGCGAGAGGGCGAGAGAGGAGCGGGCGGGAGAGAGCGACAACGCGAUUGCUCGAUCAUGACGCCGCCGCCAAAGUCGCUGCCACUGCCGCUGCCACUGGGUGCAGUUGGCGCCGCUGUCAGCAGCGGCAGCGGCACUCCGCGACGCCUGACGCCCUCGGCCGCUGCGCUGGAGACGGCGCUGCAUGGCCUGGACAUGCCCUCGCCCGCUACAACGCCAGCGCCGCUGUCGGCAGCGGCAGCGGGACGCUGUCCACGCGGCGCUCUCACACAAUCGCUGUCGAGUCCGCAGCAGCAGCAGCAGCAGCAACAACAACAACAACAGCAGGCAGCGGUGCAUCAUUUGCAUCACUUGCAACAGCAGCAACAUCAUGCGUUGGGGCAUGCCACCUCUUCUUCCAGUUCCGGCUCUUCCGUUCAUCCGGCUGCAGCGAGCGAGUCGCGAUUUCCCCUCGGCUCCGCUGCCGCCAUGGCCGCGGCUGCGAUGGAGCUGAGCGUCGCUGCGGCAGCGGCAGAGCCGCGACUGCCGCCACCGCCGCACCAUCAUACGGGACCCUCGACGUCCACAUCGCUGGCUGAUGAUCUGGAGAUCAAGCCGGGCAUUGCGGAGAUGAUACGCGAGGAGGAGCGGGCAAAAAUGAUGGAGAACUCUCACGCUUGGAUGGGCGCCACGGGCUCGACGUUAGCAGCAGACAGCUAUCAGUAUCAGCUGCAGUCCAUGUGGCAAAAAUGCUGGAACACCAAUCAAAAUCUCAUGCAUCAUAUGCGAUUUCGCGAGCGCGGUCCUCUCAAAUCCUGGCGACCCGAGACAAUGGCCGAGGCCAUUUUCAGUGUACUCAAGGAGGGACUUUCACUGUCGCAGGCAGCCCGUAAAUAUGACAUACCCUAUCCGACGUUCGUGCUCUAUGCGAAUCGAGUGCACAACAUGCUGGGACCAUCCAUCGAUGGCGGCCCCGAUUUGCGGCCCAAGGGACGCGGAAGACCGCAACGAAUUCUGCUGGGCAUCUGGCCGGAUGAGCAUAUCAAGGGCGUCAUCAAGACGGUGGUUUUUCGCGAUACCAAGGACUUGAAGGACGACAGCUUGGGUUCCCACAUGCCGCCAUACGGACGACAUUCGGACAUGACCCUGAGCUAUCCAGGCGCUAGUGGCGGCAUGCCGGGCAGCGGCGCCGCCAGUCUAAGCGCAUUGGCCUGUCCAAAUGGCAUGGGCAGUGGUGCUGGUGUUGGGGUUGGGGUUGGCGGUGGUGGUGGCGGCGCUGUGGAUCAGCAAAUGUCGCAGGAGCAAAUGUCGGCAGUUGCCGCCGUGGCGCACAAUAUACGUCAGCAGAUGCAAAUGGCCGCCGCAGCGCAGCAUCAGCACGGGGAGGCGGGGCCGCCGCCAGGGCUGUUCAACUUGCCACCGCAUCUGGCAGGUGGGCCGGGACGGGCCAGCAUAUCACCGGCAUUGAGCAGUGGCUCAAAUCCGUCGCUGGGUCCACGGCAUGCGCCCUCGCCCUGCGGUCCCGCCGGCCUCAUGCCGAAUCUGCCGCCCAGCAUGGCCGUUGCACUGCAUCGUGAUCCCGCCGCCGCCGCCCUGCUCAGCCAGCAGCAGCAGCAUCACCUGCAACAGCUGCAGUUGCAUCAGCACCAGCAGCAACACCAGCAGCAACAGCAGCAGCAACAACAGCAACAACAACAGCAGCAACAUGCACUGCACCAACAACAACAGGCACAGGCACAGGCGGCAGCAGCGGCAGCGGCAGCAGCUGCUCAUCCGCUUCAUAUGCAAACUCACAAGUCCGGUUACGGUGCCAGUUCCAUGCCCUCAGCCAGCGCCGGCUCCUCCGCCGUCCAGCAGCACCAUGUGGACAAGUCCAAGUCCAAGAGCAGUCCGCUGCGCAGCGAAACGCCACGCCUACACUCGCCCCUCGCCGAGCUGGGACUGGAGAUGGGCUACAAGCGGGAGUAUUCGCCCACGCGUCUCUUUGCCGACGAUCUUGCCGAGCUUGUGGGUGCCAGCAGCGGAGUCGGAGUCGGACUUGGAGUCGGAGUCGGAGUCGGCAUACCUUCGUCAUCCUCCUCGGCGGCAAGUGUGACGACUGCGACGCCGACUGUGACAGCAGCGGCGGCAAGUGCAGAUAUCUGUGCCGGCAGCGGAGGCAGCAUCAAAGUGGAACCUAUUACCACAAGCAGCGAAUAGAAUCCACACAACUAAAAGCAAUCAAAUUACAUUUGAAAAACAAGCAAAGCGA